AUGGAAUAUUUUUUGAGAUAUUAUUAUUAUGGUUCUGGUGGUAAUAAUAAUCGAGUUGCAGAACUUGAGAGUUUUGUGAUGGAUGAGUGUAAAUCUGGUAAGAUUAAGAAGCUUGAUGAUGGUUUGAAAUACUUUGAUCAACUGAUCUUGGAAAGGCCAUUGCCAUCUAUCAUUACAUUCUAUCAUGUAUUAAGUUCAUUGUCGAAGAUUAGAUGUUAUUCGGAUGUCAUUAUGUUGUAUAAGAAGAUGAAUUUGCUUGGAGUAAAACCAGAUAUUUCCACAUUCAACAUUUUGAUUAACUGUUGCUGUAAACUAGUCCAAGUGAAUCAUGGGUUUUGUUUGCUUGGAGAUAUUAUUAAGAGAGGUCAUCAGCCUAAUGUUAUCACUUUCACUACAUUGAUUAAUGGGUUGUGUGUUCAAGAAAAGAUUGAUUUGCGUUCAAGAACUGGUAAAGUGGAUCUUGCUCUUCACCUAAAAAACAAGAUGGUGAAUUGGAAAUGUAGCCCAGAUGUUGUUUCAUAUGGUCUGAUUAUAGAUACUCUUUGCAAAGGAGGUUUAGUUGAUCAGGCUUUAGUUCUCUUCUCUGAAAUGCUUAGAGAUUCAAAUGAUAUCCCGAAUAUAGUUGCUUACAAUUCUUUGAUCAACGGACUUUCUAAUUCAGGUCGCUUGGAUGAGGCCAAGAGUUUCCUUGGAGAGAUGGCCAAUAGAGGAAUCUUUGCAGAUGUAAAGACUUAUAAUUCUAUCAUUCAUGGUCACUGCUUACAUGGUCAAUGGAAAGAAACGAGAAGGUAUUUUGAUCAAAUGAUGGAUGGAGGGAUUUCACAAGGUUGCUGCAGGCUGAUGCAGUGGUAA